ACCAAAUCAAAAAUACAAGGAGCUCUUUUCAAUAUAUAUGGCGGCACAAUCAAUUGAUCAAAAUAUUGCUUACGAGGAAUUUGAGCCUUUUUGCAAAUGGCAGCGUAAGGAGGAUCGUGACGUUCUUGAAAUCCACCUCCCAGAUUUCAAAAAGGAGCAGCUGAUAGUGCUAAUCAGCAAGCACGGGGUGCUGAAGAUUUUGGGAGAAAGACCAACCGAUGCAUCGAAAUCGAAAGGCAUCAGAUUCGACAAAGAGGUGGCUGCACCCAACACCAAAUACGACACUCACUCCAUCCAUGCUAAAUUCGUCGAUAACAAUCUCAUCAUCACAUUGCCGAAGGCCAAACCCGAGCCCACGCUGAAACCGGCUGCAGCUGGAGCCCAGGAGAAGGCCAAGGCCGCAACUCCGUCUAUCGGGGGAAACGCAGCAGCGAGCCUCGCCGUGACUGUUGUGGUUGCGACGGUGCUAGCUGCUUAUGUGCAUUUUAUGUACAAGUCCACGGUUGAACGUAUAUGAAUGUAUAGUGAGUUGUUAAAUGAGAAAUCCACUUACUAAAAAUAAUUGUUGAGAUAUGUAAUGAUAAAUAAUUAAAAUAUUAAUUUUCUACCA